UGGAUGGCUGUUAUUAUUUUUUUUGUGGAAAUAAUUGUUCAUAUCCAAGCUGGCCAAUGUGGAAACCAAAUCGGGUCAAAGUUCUGGGAGGUCAUUUCCGACGAACAUGGCAUCCAACCUGAUGGAACGUACAAGGGGGAAUCUGAUUUACAACUUGAAAGGAUUAAUGUUUACUACAACGAGGCUCACGGCAAAUACGUCCCAAGAGCUAUUCUCGUCGAUCUGGAGCCUGGAACAAUGGAUUCAAUCAAGGCCGGCCCUGACGGUCAACUUUUCCGUCCUGACAAUUUUGUUUUUGGUCAGAGUGGUGCUGGCAAUAAUUGGGCGAAAGGGCAUUAUACUGAGGGUGCUGAAUUGGUCGAUAAUGUUUUGGAUGUUGUCAGAAAGGAGGCAGAAGGAUGUGAUUGUUUACAAGGAUUUCAGUUAACUCAUUCGCUUGGAGGAGGAACUGGUUCUGGAAUGGGGACUUUGUUAAUUUCAAAAAUAAGAGAAGAAUAUCCUGAUCGUAUUAUGUCGUCUUUUUCUGUUGUUCCUUCGCCGAAGGUCUCUGACACCGUUGUCGAACCUUACAAUGCUACUCUUUCUGUUCACCAGCUUGUUGAAAACACUGAUGAAACUUAUUGUAUAGACAACGAAGCUUUGUAUGACAUUUGCUUCCGUACUCUUAAAUUGACAAAUCCUACUUAUAGUGAUUUGAAUCAUUUAGUUUCUAUGACCAUGUCUGGUGUCACCACUUGUCUACGUUUCCCAGGCCAAUUAAACGCCGAUCUUCGAAAAUUAGCUGUCAACAUGGUUCCAUUUCCACGUCUCCACUUUUUUAUGCCUGGAUUUGCGCCUCUCUCGGCCAAAGGUUCUGCUGCUUACCACGCUCAAAAUGUUUCCGAAUUGACAAAACAAAUGUUUGAUGCCAAAAAUAUGAUGGCUGCUUGUGAUCCUCGCCAUGGACGCUAUCUGACCGUUGCAGCAAUAUUCCGUGGCCGCAUGUCGAUGCGUGAGGUUGACGAUCAAAUGAUGUCAGUUCAAAGCAAAAAUUCUUCAUAUUUUGUUGAGUGGAUACCAAAUAAUGUCAAAACAGCGGUUUGUGAUAUUCCUCCUCGUGGUCUUAAAAUGUCUGCUACUUUUAUUGGAAACUCUACUGCAAUUCAGGAAUUGUUUAAACGAGUUUCUGAGCAAUUUACAGCAAUGUUCCGUCGCAAGGCAUUUUUGCAUUGGUAUACUGGUGAGGGAAUGGAUGAAAUGGAGUUUACUGAAGCUGAAUCUAAUAUGAACGAUUUGGUGUCAGAGUAUCAACAAUACCAAGAUGCGACAGCUGAUGAUGAAGUUGAAUAUGAUGCUGAAAUAACUGAACCGUUGGUAAAUGAGCAAUAA